GAGGUAUGAUAUCUUGCAUCCUUUGAUCCCACUCUCAUGAUUUCUUUGUACUACUCACAUUCAAAGCAACAUAUUUCUUCAUUCUCCGGACGGCUUUUUAGCGUAACGCUGACGUGAGGACGCGAGAGCAAUCCGAGUCAGGCGAGACCGCAGGGUCCCGAGGCUGGACGCUUUCGAACGUCUCCCCCGUGCGUCGUCACUGCGACGAGCCCCUUGCGCGCUCGCAUGCCACAUUCAUACGCCAGUCGAAUGUCUGCGACACGCGGCCGAGAAAUGCGCAAUGGUGCGUGCUGGGAGGACGUGUACCCCGCUGCGCCUUCUCUUAUUCGCCGGUUACCGCGUCCGUCAGUGCUGGCGAACACUCAUACCGACUUGGGCGGUCCACGCCGCUCUGUUCGAGGCCAGACCUUCACUCAUCGUGUAGCGCACUCAUUUCGGUCGUGCGCCGCUGGUCAUGCAUGCAUGCGCCUCAGCAACCUCAGGCGCGCUCGGGACCUCACCAGCUGCGCAGCGUCGCAUCACUCACGGUCUUCCUCGCCGUGCCUUCUACGUAUGUAAUCCUUAAUCCAAUAUCCUCUUCCCUACGCUAUCACCAUCUACCCCAAACCCCCUUCAGGCCCAUCCCUUCGGUCUUGAUCAGCCCGGGCAGCCUGACCGCGACCGCAACGUGAGGAGAGGAGGUGGAUGCGAGUCCGGCGGGUGCGUGCUUACCUGCUUGCGAGGCGAUGAACGCGUUGAAGGAGCGGCGGGUGCCGCAGCGUCCGCGGGUCCGGGUCGGCGCGGUUCUUGUUCGCGUGUGCGAGGUGCGAGUCGUCC